UCACACCCAUUCACAGUCGAACAACAUAACAAGAGGGGCCAUUUUGCGCACUAAAGCCGCAGUGUGUAGCGGUCAACAGUGACACAAACACAGCGAGGAAGGAAGGAAGGAAGGAAGAGAGGGGGCGGGUCAGCUCCACUAAUGCGGGCUGACGUGAGCGUAAAACUGGGGUCCGUCGUGGUAGCGACGACGCCUCCUCCUCCUCCCCGGGCGUAGUACCUUGUCGCCGGGUAGAGGAGGGUGAAGGAGCGGGGCGGGGCGGGGGCUUAGGACACUUUAACCGCAUUGCUUUCCGAGCUCACCCGGGCGACCCCUCCACCCACCUCGCGUGUGAACGCUGCCCCGCCUCGGUGAAGCAAAGCCGGGCAGGUGGACGCCGUGUCGGCGGGUACUUUCUGGAAGAGGCUGCCGUGCUAGCCAGGAUGAGGCUGCUAUGCUAAGGAAGGUGUGUUGACCAGUUGUAAAUCUCUGAGAAGUGCUCUUCACUAUGAAUACAGAUAGCGGAGGAUGCGCUCGCAAAAGCGUGGCCUUGUCGCUCACGCUCUCGCCCAUGAAGAGGGUCCAGAGCUCACCAAAUCUAGCCCCAGGGUGUGAUCCUCACUCAUCCGACUUCAACUCUUGGCGGUCACGCAGUGCGACAGAUGGCCUUGAGAACGGAGACGCCAUCAGCUCGUCUCUCGCUGCUAAAGGCUUCCGUAGCGUCAGACCCAACCUGCAGGACAAAAAGGGGCCUUUCUCCCCUGACUCCGCAGCACGCCACUACCCCUUCCUCAGCCACAGCUCAGAAUCCCUCGAGUACCUGUCAGGCCUAAUGUCCAAGGCCCUGUCGCCCAGCCCGUACAUUGCCAGCGGAGCCGACGCCGCCUCGGCCUCCGUCAGCGGCUGCGCGUCCCCCGUGACGGUGUCGGCUCUCAGCCACUACUCCUCCUCCACGGCGGGCCUGCUGGACGAGCUGCAGAUUUUAAGCCUGGACUCGCCCGGCGAUUCGCCCACGCCGUCGCCCACCCUCAGCCAUGUCUCCGCUGCUGUUGCUGCCGCUGGCCUCGAUGAUGCGCUAACAGCCGCCGCAACAGCCACUGUCACUAACGGCCAGGUGCUGUCCCACGCCAUGAACGGAGGCACCGGUCACGCCCAGAGACCCCUCUCCCCGCCGUCUUACCCGCCUCCGCCCGCCUCACUCCGCACGGGCCCCCUGAGACCGAGUCGAAGCUCAGAAGGCAGCGAGUCGUUCACCCGAGAGUCGAUGGUGCCGGGCCUCACCAGCGUCAGCCACACCGUGCCCCUCGCCCGCUUCUCGGAGGAAGAGAAGAAAGUGUCCGUCAUCAAAGCCACCCAUUAUGAAGGCAUCGGACCCGUGGAUGAGUCCGGCAUCCCUAUCGCCAUCCGCACGACGGUGGAUAGACCCAAGGACUGGUACAAGACCAUGUUCAAGCAGAUCCACAAGGUGCACAAAGCAGAUGAUGACUAUUCUGACACCUACAGUGCAACAUACGCCGUCAUCAAUAAUGAUGACUACAGCGUGCCCCCCAGCGCCACCACGUCCCACCCGGCUCCACGGACUCACACGUACAGACCUCUCUCCAAGAGCCUCUCGGACAACGGCGGCCACCUCUCCGCCCGGGAUCCUUCACCGUCCCCCGUACCUCCGCCGCCGCCGCCGCCUAUGCCCUCGCUGCUCCAGCUGAGGGCCCGAGACAGUGACAGAGACACGCCAGACAUGAAUGAAUGGGGUCCACCUGACAGGAGAGUGGACACGCGGAAGUAUCGAGCCGAGCCUCGCAGUAUUUUUGAAUACGAGCCCGGGAAGUCCUCAAUUUUAGAGCAAGACAGGCCUACCUAUGAUGACAUAGAUUUAGAGAACGAGCCUUGGUAUAAGUUCUUUUCCGAGCUGGAGUUUGGCCGUCCGCCUCCUAAAAAACGACUGGAUUAUAAUCCAGACAUCUCGGCACGCCAGCGCAUUGAGGCGUCGCUGAUCCUCGCCCCCGCCGACAAGCCCCCCGAGAUACCUGCGAGUGCUGCCAGCGACUACAGGAAGAGAAGGAAGUCCGAGCCGACGAGCUCCCAAGCAAACACUCCGUCCUCCCAGAGCCGAGUCGUGACGUCGCCCAAAACGCCAGACACCAACAGACCCAGCAGCUCCCUGAAGAAACCUGUCAUUCGUUCUUCGCCAUCCUCACCCUCCAGAGCCAAAGGUGGGGCCGCAUGCGUCAUGUAUUCAAACACUGUGACCUCUCCGGGUCCUUGCCAGAACUCCUCUCUGCCCCCCCUCCUCCCCUCUGAUCCCGCGGGCCCGGAAGGCAGCCCCUCCUCCGGACAGUAUAUAUCUUGGCAAUCGAGGCACCGGGAUGCGGAGGAGGCGCUGCCUCCCGCUGGCAAGCUCAGGUCUCGCAGCUGCGACGACCUGCUGAACGACGACGGGCCGAGCAGACGCCGCGCCUGCCGCUCGGAAAGUGCCGGGUCGUUGCUGUGCGAUGGUAACAACUCUGAUUCGAACGGGUCCGCCUCUGUCGGCUCGGCGCCUCGACUCCACAGGCGCCUCCCUCGCGACUCUCCGGACUUUUUGAAGCUUUACCGCAAGAUGCAUCACAUCGACAGAGCCCACCUGAUCCCCUCUGAGGUCAUCCGCUCGGUGCGUGCACGAAUCCUGGAGCUAGAGCAGCAGCCUCACCUGCAUAUGCACCGCCUCUCUCCUUGGUCGCCCUCCGGCGGCAAAGAGGUGCCCCACGAUACGGUGCCGAACCGCAUUUCCGAAUACGAGCGCCUUAUCCAGAAGUCCAAAUCGAUGCCCAACUUGGGGGAAAGCGAGAUACCGUCAGGCGCUACGACGCCAGGUGGUUCGUCGUCUCGAGCUAGCAGCGGUGGCGGCGGCACCCCAAAUUUCCCAAAGCGGCGUUUCUCCAUAGAGUCCCUGCUGGAGGAAGACGACAACGGCAACAAACCGGUACCUCACGCCGUGGAUCACUCACAAAAGCCUCGGAUCCCCCCCGAGGGACAACCUCGUGUUGGCCCGGAGCCCAACCGUCUGCGCUCUUAUCUGGCUCCUCCUGUCCCUCGAGCCCCGCAAGCCAAUCCCGACUACUCUGACAGCGAGCAGGACGCCAUCGCCUCAGACCUCAGUGACUUCAUUCAGGUGGAGGGGUCCUCGUUUUGCAGCGAGAGUGACUUUGACCACUGCUCACUCACCUCUUCUGAGAGCCUGUAUGGCUCCAACACGCACCACCGCCGACACCACCAUCACCACCAGAGUGUUGGCCAGAACCAGGGCUACCAACAUCGACACCUCAUCAGCUCCUGCAAAGGCCGCUGCCCCGCCUCCUACACCCGCUUCACCACCAUGCUCCGCCACGAGAGAGCACGCCAGGACUGCCAGAGACCUUUGCCGCAGAGUCGCGGCAGCCGCUCCCAAGUCCAAACUCAAUCCCAGCGGUCGAUGUCCAAACUGGCCUUCUUGGUCAGCCCAGUGCCUUUCCACAAGAAAAAGGGCUCGCCGCCAAGCUGCAGGAGAAGCAACAGCAGCGGUGGCGGCGGAGGUCGGGGUAGCAGACCCAAGUCCAAACAGGCCAUCUACGAAGCGCUAGACGCCGCCCUGAGAGACAUCUACGAGCACAUCCAGGCCGAGAGAGGCCACAGAGGCUCCAGGCCGCCCGACGACAGCAUCCUGAGGAGAAUACUUUCCGAACUGCUGCCGAGCGUACCGGAACGGAGCUCCUCGUUGCCGGGAAGGAGGGGUUGUUGGCACGAGGGCCGCUCACCUGCGACUGCGUACGCAGACGAGAGCCUGACGGGGUACGCUUCGUACAGGGGCGACCCGCCCACGCCGCAGUUGCAGUCGCCACGGAUGCAGUCGCCAGUCAGUGCCUGUUACGCACGCCACCUGGACGCCACCAACUGUAACGAUUACGGGGAGGAGCACGGCAAUGGGAAUGGUCUCUGUUACUCAGACCAGGAUGUCCCCAGGGGUUAUUCUGCCAUGGAUGGACGACACACGCCCCAGAGUAGAAGAGCAACUCCGGAUAGAGAGGUUUCCCACAAACAGAUGACCCAACUCAUUCUGUUCUCUCUCCUCCAUCAGAAGCAGCCCGCCAGAGCCAUUUACGAUUUUAAGGCCCAGACGGCUAAGGAGCUGACGUUCAAAAAGGGCGACGCCGUGAACAUCAUCAGGCAGAUCGACAACAACUGGUAUGAAGGCGAGCACCGGGGCCGCGUGGGGAUCCUCCCCAUAUCUUACGUGGAGAGGAUGGCGUCCUCGGAGAAGCAGCAGCAGCCCAGCCGCCCUCCUCCGCCCGCGCACGUCAGAGAGAUCGGCGAGGCGGUGGCUCGCUACAACUUCAACGCAGACACCAACGUGGAGCUGUCUCUCCGCAAGGGCGAAAGGAUCAUCGUGCUCAGGCAGGUGGACCAGAACUGGUACGAGGGCAAGAUCCCGGACACAAGCAAACAGGGCAUCUUCCCCGUGGCCUACGUCGACCUCCUCAAGCGCUCGCCCUCUAAGAGCCCCGCCCACCACCUGGACCGCCACGGUUACAGCCGGACGCCGAGCUCCACCCCCGUCAAGCCUUUCUACCACCCACCACCUCCAUCCCCCGCCCGUGACCUGUCCUCCCCCCACAUGCCGCCGAGAAAGCAGGACCUGCAGGCGGUCACCCACGAGUGGCUCUCUCUCACGGUGGACGCCACCCCGCCUCCCUCCCUAUCAGCCACCCCCGUACCGCCCACGCCUCCCCCGCUUCCCGCCGACCUCGCUCCUUUCCCGAGGGAGCCGUACAUACCCUAUUCCAAAGAAGACAUUUCACGCCUCCCUUUGUCCCCGCCUCCCCGUUCCUCCGUCACCUCCCCGCUCCCCGAUUCUGCGCUCGGAAACAGCCGAGGGCUUAGCGUAAGCGAGCGGUCGCAGCAGAGGGAGUUCUUUAGAACGCCGGUCGAGCUGCGUGUGGAAGACCCCUAUGACGAGCUGCUGUCCAUGGUCCUGGAUGUCGCCGACCGCACGGACCACCAAGGCGCUUCCAGGCUGGCGCCGGAAUAUCCCACCCCCUUAGCGACCAGUAAGGGCGGGGUUCACGUUAAAGCAGACCAAGCGACACCGGCCGGCCAAUCAGCAGGCAGGGUCCUGUACCAUAAACCCGUGACAGUGCAAGUCCCCUAUGAUGAGUGUCAAAGGCCUCCGUCAGGCAAAGGGAAGGCGCUUAUUGAGUUAUUCAUUGAGGAGGAAGAUGAGGCUAGAGAGGAAGAGGAGGAUGUGUUUACAGGGAGACUCGGUGCACAGGCUGAUGUCGGCCCCCUCCCUCGGUCACCUUCACCCUCCACCGGCCCCUCCUCGCCGCUCUCACCGCGGCCCUUGACCCCCGCUUCCCCCACAUCGUCUCCUCCUGCCUCGCCGCUCGGUCCCGGCGCGGCCCCCUCCCCUCCCGCGGCCGCCUCCCCCCGUCCCCCGCCUCUCCCCGUCUUCUCCACGUCGCCGCCACGCCCCCCGUCCGCUUCGCCCUCGCCCCCUGUCACGCCGCCGCCCCUCUCGCCUCCGUCAGAGCGCUCUGGCGAGGCCCCGCCGUGGUCAGACGACGUUCGCCCCCAGCCCGCCACUUCACCCUCCACCCCCUCCCCCGCGUCCCUCACCUCCCGCCGCUCGCCCCCUGCAGUGCCCCUCCCGGGCCGCAGAUCGCCCAAGGUGAAGGAGCCAGUUGUGGGCGGUAAGCCGCCGCGUAGCCCCAUCUUGUCACGGAGGCCCGUUAGAGGUCGAAGGAGGUUAGUCCAGGAUGCUCUUCAUGGCGGAGGAGACCCCUUCCAGGUGGUGUACAACUACGUGCCUCGCAACGAGGACGAGCUGGAGCUGAGGGAGGGCGACAUCGUGGACGUGAUGGAGAAGUGUGACGACGGCUGGUUUGUCGGGACGUCCCGGAGAAGCAAGCUGUUUGGAACCUUCCCGGGAAACUACGUCAAGCAUCUACCGUGAACGAUUCCCUCGCCUCCCUCGCUAUCGACGCCUUUUUACCCAGCAUCCCACUCAGCACAGCAGGAGAGGUCACCUGUCGACACCUGCCGCACACGUGUGUGUGCGUGUGUGUGUGUGUGUGUGUGUGUGUGUGAGAAUGUGUGUGUGUUCAGCCCUCACUAGCCAUCUUUAACAGACCUCGCGAGGUAAAUACAAUUAACUUUUUUUUAUAUAUCUAUAUCUUUAUAGGCUUAUUUUUCUAUCACGCAAAAAUACGCUUUUGCCGCAAAGUAAUGGGUAAUCACCUUUCAUUUCUGUUUUUUUUUUUUGUUUUUGUUUUUUGCGUGUUAGACUUUUGUUUCUCACCCCCAAAGACAUUCAGGCCGACGAGUUGUUCCAGGAUAAUGCGUAAAAAAAUGUUAAUGUAAUUACAGUAAGACCCCACCAUUCGCUGAUGUAAACAAUAUAGCGGACACAUGCUAAAAUAAAAAAAAAUGUAAUAAAAACGCCUAUUUUUUAGGGAUGUGAAGCUUUGAGGACCUAACGAUUCAGUCAGAUUCCGAUUUCUGGACUGACAAUUCGAUUCAGAUUCGAUUCUCAAUUCAAUUGUAUUAAUUGGUGUAAUAAUUCGGAUGAAAUUUUUUCAAAACAGGUUGCAUGUUAGAAAAGCUCCUUCUGGUUGCAUGGAGGUGGACUAAAAAAAAGGUAUUUUUAAAAAUGUAUUCUUAUGAAAAAAACUGUAUAUUUGUUUUAAAUGUAUUUGUUUAUCGUUUUUUGAAAAUUAGAUGUUGAUUAAGAAUCGGGAUCCAUCAGAAUGGCAACUCGGAUGUCGAUUGAUAUUUUUUUACACCCCUAGUAACUAACAGGGUGUGAACAAUAUAAUGGACACACGCUUAAACAUAAAAAAAAUGUAAUAAAAACGCCUAUUUUUUUAGGGAUGUGAAGCUUUGGGCACCUAAUGAUUCAGUCAGGUUCCAAUUCCUGGACUGACAAUUUCGAUUCAGAAUCGAUUCUCGAUUCAAUUUUAUUAUUUAGUGUAAUAAUGCGGAUGAAAAUUUUUCAAAACAGGUUACAUGUUAGAAAAGCUCCUUCUGGUUGCAUGGAGGUGGACUAAAAAAAAGGUAUUUUUAAACAUGUAUUCUUAUGAAAAAAACUGUAUAUUUGUUUUAAAUAUAUUUGUUUAUCGUUUUUUGAAAAUUAGAUAUUGAUUAAGAAUCGGAAUCCAUCAGAACCGCAACUCGGAUGUCGAUUGAUAUUUUUUUACACCCCUAGUAACUAAUAGGGUGUGAACAAUAUAAUGGACACACGCUUAAACAUAAAAAAAAAUGUAAUAAAAACGGCUAUUUUUAAGGGAUGUGAAGCUUUGGGCACCUAAUGAUUCAGUCAGGUUCCAAUUCCUGGACUGACAAUUCGAUUCAGAUUCGAUUCUCAAUUCAAUUGUAUUAUUUGGUGUAAUAAUUCGGAUGAAAUUUUUUCAAAACAGGUUGCCUGUUAGAAAAGCUCCUUCUGGUUGCAUGGAGGUGGACUAAAAAAAAGGUAUUUUUAAAAAUGUAUUCUUAUGAAAAAAACUGUAUAUUUGUUUAUCGUUUUUUGAAAAUUAGAUAUUGAUUAAGAAUCGGGAUCAUCAGAAUCGCAACUCGGAUGUCGAUUGAUAUUUUUUUACACCCCUAGUAACUAACAGGGUGUGAACAAUAUAAUGGACACACGCUUAAACAUAAAAAAUAAAAAUAAAAUGCCUAUUUUUUUAGGGAUGUGAAGCUUUGAGCACCUAAUGAUUCAGUCAGGUUCCAAUUCCUGGACUGACAAUUUCGAUUCAGAAUCGAUUCUCGAUUCAAUUUUAUUAUUUAGUGUAAUAAUUCGGAUGAAAAUUUUUCAAAACAGGUUACAUGUUAGAAAAGCUCCUUCUGGUUGCAUGGAGGUGGACUAAAAAAAAGGUAUUUUUAAAAAAUGUAUUCUUAUAAAAAAAAAAAAAAACUGUAUAUUUAUUUUAAAUAUUUUUUGUAUAAUUUUUUGAAAAUUAGGUAUCGAUUAAGAAUCGGGAUCUAUCAGAAUCGCAACUCGGAUGUCGAUUGAUAUUUUUGUGCACCCUUAGUAACUAACAGGGUGUGAAUCUUUGGCCACUUAACCAUUCGAUCCAAUUCCAGGAGUGACGAUUCGAUUCAGAAUAGCUUCUCUUUUCAAACUGAUUCCCGCAACGUAUUAUUUGGUAUUAGAAUCAAGAUUCGACUCUCAAAACAGGUUACAGGUUAGAACAGCUCUUUCUGGUUGAAUGGAGAUGGUCUGAAAACUUAUUUUUUUCUAAAUUGAUUCUUAUGAAUUAAAGUUUGUUUUUAUUGAUUUUUUGGGAAUCUAUUAAUCGAUUUAGAAUUGGGAUGAAUAGAUUUGCAGUUCAGAUGUGAUUUUUUUUUUUUUUUGUGCACCGCUAUUGUUUUUAGUAAAGCCUAUAACGGUGGUUCUCACCUCAGAACACACGUGGCCCUCCAAGUACCACCAUAAUGACCAACAUUAAAAUACAGUAGCAUAGUAGGCCUAAGUAUCAAGGGUAUCAUAGAAAAAAAAACAAUUUAAAAUUAAUCAGGAUUUUUAUUUGUAACUAUUCUUAAUCGAUUGAAAAAAUCUAAAAUCGAAACAAAACCUUUUUUUAUUAUGUAAUAUAAUACGAUUCAAGAGCUGUUAUGAGGUAUUUAGGUUAAUCACAGAAAUGGCGCCCAUUGUUAUUAAAAAGUAUUGAUUUUUGAAUCGAGAGUCUGUUCUGAAUCGUUACCCCCAAGAAUUGAAUGGAAUCGUGUGGUGCCCAAAGAUUCACAGCUCUACUAAGUAUUCAUUAAAACCAAGGCGCAGGUUUUAUUUAACAAGUUUAUUCAAUAUUUGUGGCCACCGUAACAUUACAUACAGUUUGAACAAUCACACUGUGUCUGAAUGUAGUCAUAUAAUACAACACUGUACUUUAAUCAGGUCAUUCUUUGGCGUACCACAGUUUGAGAAUCACUGGAUUAGAAAAGCUUCUGGUUUUAUGCCAAUGGCCUAAAAAUGUUGUUUUAAAAAUGUAUUCUUAUGAAUUCAAAAAAUAAUUUUUUAAUCCUUUUUUAAAACUAUGAAUUGAUUUAGAGUCUGGGUGAAUAGGGACUUGCAUUUUGGAUGUGGGUCAAUUUAUUUUUGUGCACCGGCACUAUUUUUGGUCAGGCCUAUAAUAUGCCUCUUGCUUAUGAAAAGAUCUGUUUAAAAUAUUACUAUAUAUAUAUAUACAUACAUAUAUACAUACAUACAUAUAGACACACACACACACAUACGGACAUGUAUGUAUGUAUAUAUACAUACAUACAUACAUGUAUGUAUGUAUGUAUUUGUGUGUGUAUUUGUAUGUAUAUAUACAUAUAUAUGUAUAUAUAUAUGAAAACAUCUGUUUAAAAUAUUACUCUAUAUACUGUACAUACAUACAUACAUACAUACAUACAUGUAUGUAUGUAUUUGUGUGUAUAUAUGUAUGUAUAUAUACAUAUAUAUGUAUAUAUAUAUAUAUGAAAACAUCUGUUUAAAAUAUUACUCUAUAUACUGUACAUACAUACAUACAUGUAUGUAUGUGUGUGUAUAUAUUCAUGUAUGUGUAUAUAUAUAUAUAUAUGUAUAUGUAUAUAUAUUCAUAUCAUUUAUACUAUAUGUAUAUAUAUAGAUAUAUAUAUACAUACAUAUAUAUGUAUAUAUAAUUUAUGUAGUAUAAAUAUUACAGUAUUGUACUUGCAAAACAACUUUUAAUUGAAUAGACGUAAUAAUAAAUAAAUAAAUUGGGGCCCUAACCAUCAUUUUAUUUUGAUUACAAGAUUAUUAUUCAUGUGAAAGGAUUUUAUACCGUAUUCAUCAAACUUUAAUUUGAGGCAUGUUUUGUAUUUAAACUAAUUAAUGUGAAAUGUUUUCAUUUUUUUUAUUUUUUGAGGAAAAUAAGACAUUUCACAUGAAUUUUUGCAUAUUUCCCAGUCGUUUUUUUUAUUUUUUUUAAACGAGUGCACUCCACCCAGAGAUAAAGAGGUCGACUGGUAAAAUUAGACAUGAUAUUCUUGUUAUUGACGGAGCAGGAAGGGGCUGGGAAUACGAUAGGAAGCGCCUUUAAUUGAAAUCAAAAGUAUUAGGAGGGGCCGCCCCUGCACAGCAGAUAGCGCCAUCUUUUAUUUAGCUCGCUGGAAAUCGGCCAAUGGGCGGGGACCUGCUGUAUUAAAAAAAAAAAAAAAGAGCGCCAAUGUCAUCAAUUUUGCUGUGGCGCUAGGAUUUGUUAUGCACUUUAACAACUUUGUGUUUGGCUCGGUUGUAGAGCGUGCGUGUUGUUUGGGGGGCAGGACUUGCCAGCUGGGGGUUUUAUUUAUCAAAGCGUGAGGUGUAGAAGAAGAUUGUAGCGCCAUUUUGUUUGUUUUUUACGAGGGCCGGCCAGGCCAGGCCAGGGCCGCCUGCGAAGGAUUGUUUGUCAUCGAUGGAUUAACGCGUGCUUAGUUUUAUUUAUGCCAUCCUUACGUUUGCAAGGUUGUCCACCAGGAGGCGACAUUUAUGACUUCAUAUUACAUAUAUAUAUUGAAAAAAAUACAUAGGAUUUUAUUUUUCACACUCGUUUAAGCACCUUAAGAUAUAUUUUUAAUCAUGAACUUCACGUCACGUUUUUGUCAUUCGGCGUGUGUGCGUGUGUGUGUUUUUUAAGCCUUUUGUAUGUACUUGUCCAGCAUCCACAUGCUUUAUAAAAACCAGCGUUUUCUCACUCCACUCACUUUGGCUUUCCUCUUUAUUUCUACUCCACCUUCUAUCCUUUUUUUUUUUUUUAUAUUCAUCAACAGCGCCAUCUGGUGUGUCUUUUUCUUCCUCUCUUUGUAAAAAUGAUAGUGGUUGGCGGCCGCCUUAAACCUCCACCUGCUGGCUGGGCAGCCAUGUUAACGUGAUGACCGUGUAGUGUUUGUACUACCAAAUGUACACCUCUCGGGUUUUUUUUUUCCUGCUGUUGGCUACACGACUAGCAAGUAUUUCUACGUUGGGCUGUAUUGCUAAUAAACCGUUAGAUUUA